AUGCGUGUCACAAGGCCCAUCAUCCCGUUAACCUCUCUGGCCAUCCCGACGCGUCAACUCGUCUCGCGCCCGUCGCGCCCCGUCCUGCUGAAGCCUCUCCUGUCGCCGUGCAUCGCCGUCGCUCCUCUCAAGUCCAUGGUUCGUCGGGAAGACAGGUGGUCGACGACGAACUCGACACCGAAGACCUCGAAGCUGCCGGCUGUGCCGUCUGCGCGAGUGGGGGCACACCGCCCUCGUCCUCCUGCACGUUUUCCCGUCACGCUUCCAGCACCUGGUACGCCCGUUCCCUCGGUGGCGGCUCUCGUCGCCGACGCACAUGCCCUCGCCCAGGAGAAUCGGGCGCCCCGGGCUCAGUAUGAGCUUGUGUCGGUGAACAAUACCGGCUUGGCUGCUCACGCCUCCGUGUUCCACGAUCGGAACCUCGCUCUCCUUCACCGCACCCGCGAAGGUUACCAGGCGGGUAUGGUGAUGCUUGAGCAGGCGCUCUUGUCUCGCGCGCGCACGGAGCAGGCUAACGUCGACCUCGAAGACCGCGUACGCGGCCUCCGCGACCAGGCCGGACGCGUGGAUGCGGCUGAGACCCAGCUCCGGGUGUUCAAGGCUUCGUCGGUUGAGGAUUACCACGCCCUCCAGGACCAGCUCGCCGCCUCUCAAGCGGAGGUAGCUGACCUGUCCGCGCGGCUCGCCGCGGUCCCUCCGGUGCCGGCCCCUCCCUCGACGUCUACGGUUUCUAUGGCGCGUCUGUCGCCCGUCGAGAGCGACAACGUGACGGCGCCCUCGCCGAACGUGACCAAGCACGUCGGGAUCUCGUUGCGCUCGAGCAGGAGCGUGACGCAGUCGUCGGGGAGCGCGAUCAGGCUCGGCAGGUGCCCCUCACUCUGGAGCAAGGUCGUGACGCUGCAGUCCGUGAGCGCGACCAAGCACGUCAAGCUCAGGCGGGAGUUGAACAGCAGCGCGACGCUCUGGUUGAGGAUCUGCGCGUCGCUCGUAACUCGCUUGCUCAAAGUCGAGCUGAGACUGAGUCUGCCCCUGAACGACCCGCUGCAAGCCGACGUCCGGCGCGUGAAUGCGUUGCUGGUUACCCACGCCGAGGCGCUCCAGCGCGAGACGGAUCGCAUACGCGAGCUGGAGGAGACCGCCGCGGCUGCCUCGACUGCACGCGUGGUCGCCGAGGCAGAGACGGCCCGGGCCCAGGCAAAUGAGCUGCAGGCUGCCUCGCGAUCCGGGCAGUAUCGCACCGGCUGGUUGGCCAUGUGGCGUCGGUCGCUGCAGCGAAGAGAUGCGGCCGGCGCGCACAUCCGCCGUCUGAGCGUCCGCGUUGCAGACCUGGAUGACGAACGCGAUCUAGCGGUCCGGGAGCGUGACGAGCGUGCGGUGGCCUGGAGGCGCAUGCUUCGAGACGCGCGCCGGGGCCGAGAGUUGGCUCAGCGCGUGCGCGACGACCUGGCUGGCAAGCUGGCCAACUCCGUUUCGUCGGUAGGCGGUACCAUCGACACCGCCGACUUGAUCCGCCGCCUCGAGGCUACCUACGCAGCGGAAGUGGACGCUGCCAUCCCCCUUCCUCCUGCCGAUCUCGCCAGGGCCACGCCUGUGGCUGUGUCCGUCGCGUCGCCUCCUGUUGUGGUCGCUGGGUCGUCCGCAUCAGCCCCCAGCUCUGGCACCGUGCCUUCGCCGAGUGUUUCGGCUCAGCGGCUGUCCUCCUCUGUCGCCAAAACGCCGCCGUUUGCGGAGCCCUUCUUCCCGCUCGCGUUCUUCGCCGCGUUCACGUUCUCGAUCGACUUCGCGUCCGCGCUCCCGUUCGCCCUCGGCGUCGCGUUCGGCGUCGCCUUCCCGCUCGGCUUCGCGUUCAUCGUCGCGUUCCUCGUCGCGCUCGUCGGAUCACUCCGUCGGCUCGGCGAGCUCCGCGGGGUCGGCUGUUUCCGCUCACUCGACCCGCUCGCGUCGGCCGGCGUCACCUUCGCGGUCGGCACGUUCUCCCACGCGAAACUGGUUCGGCGAUUCACUCCGGCGGGCCUGAUGACUGAUUCGUCCUCGCCGUCCUCUGCCCGCCCUUCGUCUUCCAGUUCCGUGUCAAGUGGCUCGGAGGGAGCUGCCCCAGUGGUGCCCUUCUUCGUUCCGCGCGGCUACUUUCCGUGGCCCAAGUCCGUACGUCGUCUUCGGCUCCACACCAUCACGGCUCGCGAAUUGCGAGCACGCUUCUUGCCGCCGCGGGGUUGGAUCUGCCCCCGCGCGCCUGUCCCCGAACCGGCGAACUGGAACCGAGCCUUGGUGACACGCGCCAACGUCGACGCGUUGUACGCCACGCGGCCAUGGCGCUACUUGGCUCAGGAAGUGGAGUCGGUGCUGUUCGCGUCGGACGACGCCGCGUUCCAGCCGUUCAUGCGACCGUCGAGCGCUGGGCACAGGCGUACUGGGGGUCUACUCACGAGCUCCAUGUGCCUGGCACUGCGUGGCGGUCGUGACGUUCGUCUCGCAACUCCCGUCGGUCGCACGCAGGCGACCACCUGA